CAACAAGAUGGAAGCUAGGCUGCUGAGCAACGUCUGCGGACUCUUCCUGGUGUUCCUGCUACAAGCAGAGUCGACCAGGGUGGACCUCGUACCAGAGAAGAUUGCAGGAUUCUGGAAGGAAGUGGCUGUGGCUUCUGACCAAAACCUGGUGCUGAAGGCUCAAAGGAGGGUAGAGGGCUUGUUCCUCACCUUCAGUGGGGGGAACGUCACUGUGAAAGCCGUGUACAACAGCUCAGGAAGUUGUGUGACAGAAAGAUCAUCGGGUUCAGAAAGAGACACUGUAGGGGAAUUUGCUUUUCCUGGGAACAGGGAGAUCCACGUGCUGGACACGGACUACGAGCGCUACACCAUCCUGAAGUUGACCCUGCUCUGGCAGGGUAGAAACUUCCAUGUGCUCAAGUACUUCACUCGGAGCCUUGAGAAGGAGGAUGAGCCAGGUUUCUGGCGGUUCCGGGAAAUGACAGCAGACCAAGGCCUUUACAUGCUGGCCCGCCACGGGAGGUGUGCUGAGCUUUUGAAAGAGGGACUGGUCUGAGGAGCUCCUGCCCAGGCCUGUGGCUGCAGCCCCACCUACCUGGCCUCUCCCGCUCCUGCCUGAAGAACCUCUGCACCUGCUCCAAAUAAAUUCUGCUGCCAAAUGC